UUAGUCACUAAACCACUGUGUGAGUUUCAUUACAUUUCCUUUUUCAUGCUCACAAUUCCUCAUACCAAACCAGUUUCUCAUCAGUGACUAACAUUACAGAACACCAACUACCGAGAAGCAGUUUCCUCAUUUGCAUGCAGAAUCUGUCGGAACAGAGAUACGCUUCUGUGCAUGAGGCUCAUAAACUGAAUCCUGAGUGGAGAGAUUACAGGAGCCCAGACACUUGCCAAGGACGGAGUCUGAUCUAGGGACAGUGUCUGGUUCAGGAACAGUGUCUGGUCCCGGAACAGUGUCUGCCUUGUACAGGGUCUGAUAGGCAGCAGGCAUUGAGUAGUGGAGAUGGUUCUGGGUGUUGAUAUGAAUUCUCUGUUGAGCUAUGUGGAGCCAGUAGUGGUUGUUACCAAUGUGGCCAAUUCCCUGUUUGAUACAGCACUACUGAUGGAGGUAUAUGACCACCUGAAUGGGACAGCGGCUGGAAGCAGUGACCUGGUCCAGAAGGAAGUGGCCCGGUUCUACAUGAUUUACAACAUGAUCUACUCGUUAGCCCCCUUACUGACCACGGUGCUUCUGGGAAGGUGGGCUGAUUGCCAAGGCCAGAAGGUGCUACUGGUGGUGCCAUUACUGGGCUACCUGCUGGGAAGACUCUUACUACUGUUCACCCACAUUUUCCAGCUGCCUGUCAAUGUGAUGUUCGGCUCUGCUGUGAUCAAUGGAUUGACUGGAGGAUUCCCAGCUUACUGGAGUGGGAUUAAUGCCAUCACUGCCCUGAGGUCAGGACCAGCCAGACGCAGUCUGAGGUUAAAUAUACUGGAGGUAGCGUCGGGGAUAGCUGGAUUCAUUGGCAGUGUGGCAUCUGGCCACUUCUUCCUGAUGAAAGUUAACAACCAACAUGGGCUCUUACUGAUCUGCCUGUGCCUGACUCUGUACUUACUAAGUCUGCUGUAUUCAGCAUUUAUCCUUCGUUAUCCUUCUGUCCAACCACAAUGUCAGGUUCCCACAGAGGUGAAUGACCCCAGCCCGAAGAGAUACAGCAUACAGAUGGCUCUUCUCUUUGUCUGCUACCUCCUGUAUGAUUUUGGAGUGACUGGUGGUGAGAACAUCAUCUCAAUCUUUGUCCUGAAGCCCCCCUUGAGCUGGGAUGCAGUCUGGGUGGGCUACGGUAAAGCUGCUUGCUACGUCAUGUUUCUGACCAGCUUUCUCGGAGUUCUGAUUCUCUCCAAAUGGCUGAGUGACACCUCCCUGGUGUUUACGGGCAUCAUCUCCAAUACGUCUGGGUUCAUCACCAUGGCCUUUGUGAGGAGGAGUUCAGUCUAUUUUGUUGCUCGCAGCAUGAUGUUAUUCUCUUGUAUUCCAAUGCCCACAAUUCGAGCUCAGCUGUCCAAGCAAAUGGAAGGGGCUUCUUACGGUUCCAUCUUCGCCUGGCUACAGUCAGCAAUUGCUUUAACAGACGUGAUUUCCACCGCUAUGUUCAACAGUCUGUACGCUAACUCAGUCCAGUCGGCCAGUAACUUCCUUCUACUCCUAGCUGCAGCGAUAUGUUGGUCCAGCACUGUGCCAGUUGUGGUUUAUAGCUGGAGAGAGAAAAGGGGAACUCACAGCUCGAUUGCUGGCACAGACUCAGGACAGAGACUGAUCGCAGAGGAACUGCACUAGAGUGAUGACAGCUGUGCAUCGUCUCUUUCGGAAUGAGGAAUCACAGCCAGGAUGUGAAAAUCCAGUUGACAGAAAGAGACCAAGGGGUUAAAGUUCAAGGAAAGAACAUCGAGGCCUGAUCAUGAGGAAUUCUCAUUUCUUGGUCUCAAACUGAAAAUGAUUGGAGCAUUGACAUGGGAGCUUGCUGUGGCUCCCAAAGGUGCUGGGGUCUUGAAAAAGAAUACUUUUGGGAAUGAUAGACUGGCGGUAACGUUAUUGGACCUAAUUCAGGGAAUGGGAGUAUUGAGCUUUUGAAUCCAGCUUUAAGAUUGUCCCUGAGGCUAUAGGGUGGGUCAAGAAAUCGCCAACUGAUUCACAAGUAUUCUUGAGGGAGGGAAAGCUGCCAUCCUUGACCAAUCAAGGAGCCCGCAAACCGUGUAUUUUGAUGAAAUCUUGCAAAUCUUUCAGUUCAUAAAAUGAUUCAAAGCAGCUGAAGGACAAUGAGUGCCAAUGAAUCCCAUAUCCCGAGAUUGAAUGGAAGAUCAGCUGAAGUGCAUAAUAAUUAUCUGUUUAUUUAUUCCAUCAGAUUUAUUCUGUCAGAUAUUGCAGCUUGAGAUUAAUGUUGAUCUACCUCACCGUGGGAUCUUUCUGUUUGCCUGAUGACCCUGAUUUGUUAUUACAGCAGAGAAAUCCUCCAGGAUUCUGUAAUAGUGCACACCACUGAGUUAUUUUUGCAGUUGCUCGUUAGCUCGCUGAGCCAGUUGUUCUGUUGUGUGCAGAUGUUUCGUUACCCUUCUAGGCAACAUCAUCAGUGUGACCUCUAAUCAAAACAUUGGUGUUCUGCUUCCUUCCAGAUUUAUAUGAUCCUCUGGUGUGAUGGUCUUGUCACUUUCAGUUCUGUUGUUUUAGCAGCGGUCUGCAUACAAGGUCUAUUUCUGUGGGUUUGUUAAUGGAGUCCCGUGUUGGGAACCAGGCCUCCAGAAAUUCCCUUGCAUGUCCGUUGUUCGCUUAUCACUUUGUACCAAUCAAACUGAUGAUCCUCAUUGUCUGUGUCACAUCUGGAAGGAAGCAGAACACCAACACUUCGAUUAAAGGUCGCAUUGAUGAUGUUGCCUAAAAGGGUAAUGAAACAUCUGCACACCACAGAAUAACCAGCUCAGCAAGCAAACGAACAACUGCCUCCAUACCCAAGCUACAAAUUUUCGCUAUGAGUUAUUUUUCCCUAACUGUUCAGGAUCUGUCAUACUGCUUACAUAUAAAACAGUCUAACUCUGGGCAACUGCCCAAUACCACAUCCUUAUUGAAAACAGAAGUUCUGACUUAUUCUUCCUGAUACCACCCACUUAAUGCACGAUUUACCAUCAGGGCAAUACAAACCCACCCAGAUCCAGACAAGAGAUUGCAAUAGAGUGAAUAAGCUGUUCAAAAAUGCCCAUCUAACUUCUUUCACAGAAUGAACAUUUGGAGGGAAAAGACUGAGCAGUUCCCUGGGAAGAGUCAGCAUGACUUUGCCAGAAGAAAGGUUGUGUUUAACCAAUUUAUUGUGGCUCUUUGAAGAAGUAACAUGCAUUGUGGAUAAAGGGGAGCCUAGCAAUAUACUGUACUUGGAUUGCCAGUGAGCUUUUGAUAAGGUGCCAUUUCAAAGGUUAUUGUGGAAUAAAAAAAGCUCAUUGGUGUAGGAGGUAACACAUUGGCAUGGACAGAAGACUGGCUUUCCAAUAUGAAGUAGAAAGUAGUAAUAAAUAGGACUCUGUUUGGCAGGAUGUGACAAGUGAAAUCCAAUACAAAUGGCAUUUUGUUGGACUUUCUGUUGGACCAAAGCUGGACUAGUGUCUUAUACAUGUUUAGCAUAACUGCCUGGUGUUUGAACUAUAUUGAAGGAGUCACUUAUCCCAACUGCUUUAUCAAUGAAUUGGUUAACUUGUGUCUCAACUUUCAAAAAAUUGUUUGCAAACAUCCUCUGGUCUCUCAUGUCUUUCAUCCCCUUUAAAAUUGUCUACAAUUGUGUCUCCUUAUUCUCCUGUCUAAAGUGCAUGCCUUACAACAUUGAAUUCCAUCUACCAUGUGCCUAUCUAUUUAACAUAGAACAUAGAACAUUACAGCGCAGUACAGGCCCUUCGGCCCUCGAUGUUGCGCCGACCUGUGAAACCAAUCUGAAGCCCAUCUAACCUAAACUAUUCCAUUAUCAUCCAUUUCACCAGUCUAUGUCCUUUUGAUGUCCAUCACUAUCUCCCCGCCAUUUAUUACACUUGCACAUUGUAUCAUUUGCAAUUUCAAAACUAUGCCCUAGAUCCCCAAGCCUGGACAUUAGUUUGCAUCAUAAACUGUCCCUGCCAGUGCUCCUGUCCCAGCCAGUGCUCCUGUCCCUGCCAGUGCUCCUGUCCCAGCCAGUUCUCCUGUCCCAGCCAGUGCUCCUUCCCUGCCAGUGCUCCUGUCCCUGCCAUUGCUCCUGUCCCUGCCAGUGCUCCUGUCCCUGCCAGUGCUGCUGUCCCAGCCAGUGCUGCUGUCAUUACCAGUGGUAUGUACAAUCUUGGGCAUCUGAGCAGCCCUGUCUGAUCUCUCCACAGGUGUCUAUGGUUCAAGAAUGACGUUAAACCUUUCACAGUGUUACACAGAACAGUCUCGAUUUUACCUGUGCAAUUAUCCCAGGCUAUAAAUCAGACAACAAGAACACAAUACAUUGAUGAUUUAAGAAAAUGAGUAAUUAAUAAAUAUGACUGUUACAAAAUGCCAAGUAGUAGAGCUGACCAUUAAAAUCAUUUUUGUCACCUGAUUUGUUAGGUUGAAAAUGCCUAAUGGAUUCUUUAAGGUUUGGUCAAAAUGAUUACAAGAAGGCAUGUGUGCUUUGAUAUGAAGCAAAUUUAUCAGCUUAAUCUACUUAAUAUAUACGUAUACAAACUAAUGAGUGUAUCUAUUAACUUAAACUACAUAAUAUACAUAUAUACAGGCUAUACAAGUUUGGUGGCCUUGGUUAGCACAUUUAUUAGGAACAAGUGUUUAAUGACAAUUAGUCUCACUGCCUUCUGCCUGUCAGGGACCUCAUUUUGCAAUGGGGGGUCUGGGGAAUUCAGGGUUCCUGGCACUGUCCACGAUCCCGCUCCAAGAUCAAGUCAGAUGAGUGUGACAGAGUCCCUGAUGUUAAUACUAUUCUGGUUACAUGCUGUACCAUUACUUUCAGUACUUUUCCAGAUAUUUCAUUGUGCAGACAAUAAGUUGAAAACAUCAUUCCAGUGGCGCCGUGUCAAUUAUGUAAAAUAAUGCCCCCCAUUGACAAUCAAGGUUAUGCAGUUACCCAACAGCUAAAAUAAACUGUUUUUACACCAGACCAGUAACUUUCCACUUGUCUAUAAUUGCUGAUUGUCAUGCCCAAUUAAUCCUUAAUGAUUAAUCUUAAUGGUCGGGUGUGAAGACAUCAUUUUUUAUGAGCCAAUCACUACACCUUCUCACAAGAAGCAGAGCUAGAGGGGGACACAGAGACACAGCCCCAGCUCUUGGUCACAAGGGUAAGGGUGAACUAGGGAGUUGGAUUGACCGAACACUGACCUGGUAUUCACUUCUGAUGAUGCACUCUCCAAGCUGGCCUUGUCACAAUCCAUACAACAGCAGGGUUCAGAGAUAGGUCACUUUUCAGCCUGGGGUUUCCUCCUGUUCUGGUCCAGAGUGUGGAGUUUGGGAAGGAGCAGGACAAGGGAGGUAAGCUGUCUUUGUGUGAGAGCGUUUGGCUCACAGACAUACACACACACAUAUGCAUAGAUUGACUCACUCGUGCACACUUUCAGCAGGGAUGUCAGCGACCAGUGACCAGAGUCAGGACGCCAGCAGCCAGAGCAGGGAUGCCAGUGCCCCAGUGCGGAGCAGGGGUAGCAGCCUGGUGCAGAGUGUGGUAGCAGCAGCCUGGUGUGGGAGUGGGGAUAGCGAUCCAGUGCAGAGUGCAACGGCAGCCAGCAGUCACCAGUUUGCAUUUACCUGCUGUGAAGAGCUUUCAGAGAGGGGCUGUAAUGUUUGCCUUUUUAACUUUGCUUCAUGUUUUUUUUCUGACCUAUUGUCAUACUGUGUAUAGUUGUAAUGUAAUUAUUUUCCUUCAUUUCUCUAUUCUGUACCUAAGGACUGUACCUUGGUACAUUUGUACCUAAGAUGGCGCUGUAAGUGGCGACUUCUAAA